GUGUGUGUGUGUGUGUGUGAGAGAGAGAGAGAGAGAGAGAGAGAGAGAGAGAGUCGCUCUUUCCCUUCUCUUCACUGCUCUCAGCCAUAUUGUUCUCGAACACACCGGACUGUAAGCCGCACCAAACGCGGCAGAGAAGUUGAGAAGGAAUAAAACUUUACGGAUUACCUGUUAGUGGAGCAAGUCGGGUUUAAUUUACUUGUCUUUCUAAGCGAUUAUAGGUGUAAGAGGACGCGGUGCCUGCGCGGCUGCUCCCCGGGUUAAACAACGCGGUUACUGCGCUGGAGAGGGGAAGUGAGUCAGCUGUGUGGAGAUUCUUGUCACCACAUGUCUUGUUCCAGAUUUGCCUUGACUUGGUUGAGGUUACUGAAAGAUGGUGGAUCGCUUGGCAAAUAGCGAAGCUAACUCCAAGCGCAUUGGGGUCGUGGAGGGCUGCUUCGGUACAGCUGGACAACCGCUGGCCAUCCCAGGCCGUGUGCUUAUUGGAGAGGGUGUGCUCACCAAGCUGUGCCGCAAAAAGCCCAAGGCCCGUCAGUUUUUCCUCUUCAAUGACAUUUUGGUGUAUGGCAACAUCGUCAUCCAGAAAAAGAAGUACAACAAGCAGCACAUCAUCCCGCUGGAGAGUGUCACUAUUGACACAGUGCCUGAUGAGGGAGAUCUUCGUAAUGGCUGGCUCAUCAAAACACCAACCAAGUCGUUUGCAGUGUAUGCUGCCACAGCCACAGAGAAAUCGGAGUGGAUGAACCACAUCACUAAGUGUGUGUCGGAUCUGCUGGAGAAGAGCGGCAAAUCGCCCACAGGAGAGCACGCGGCCGUAUGGGUACCCGACUCGGAGGCGACAGUGUGCAUGCGAUGCCAAAAGGUGAAGUUCACGCCGGUCAGCAGGCGCCACCACUGCAGGAAGUGUGGCUUUGUCGUGUGUGGUCCUUGUUCUGAGAAGAAGUACCUGUUGCCCAGUCAGUCAUCCAAGCCUGUGCGUGUAUGCGAGUUCUGCUAUGAUCAGCUCUCCACGGGGGCGACUCUACCACCACGCUCGAACUCAUACAGCCGCACUAACAACAUCUCUGACGACGAGGAUGAAGACGAUAGCAGUGACUGAGGAAAGGGAACCUUCGCUUUUGCUAUUUUAGGAUUAUCUUCAGUUCAGGUCCCAGUGAUUUAGUGUCUUGUUCCUCCUUAAAAGGUUUGAAAUUAGCAAAGAUUCUGUGAAGGUUUAUUGUGAUUUUACUUUUUAGUACAAUAUUAAUAAAAUGGCAUAAUUAAGCUACCUUGAAAGCAUAUACACCAUAUGCAUAAAGGUGAAUUGCAGGAUGAAUCAGGAUGAGUACCUGCAUUCAGAAAAAAUAUUGCUUAUGGGCUCACUUAGCCUUUUGCAGCUGUACGCACAAUAGAUAUUCUGUCCAAUCCCCCUCAGUCUUGUAGAAAAUUCAGAUCAACCCUGUUCACUCCUGCAGUUAGGUUGUCCAGUACCACCUGUUAGCCAUAAUUAGUUUAGUUUAUUUACAUCCUUGAUAUUUUCUAAUGAAAUUAGUUGGUAAAUUUUUCCAAGAUAUAAACAAAGUAAGUAAUUUAAACUACAGCAACACUGACCAGGAUAAAGAAGGAAGGAUGGAUGGAUGGACCCCAUUUUACACCAGAUGUGUAACGACACAUCACCCAGCAUCCAGUACGUUCCCAGAUUUACCACAGUGUUCUUUGUCCCAUGAGUUUCAUAUCAAAAUGCCCACAAGACAGUAAGAAUUCUGCUCCAUUUCACACCACUAAAUGGCUGUGUGAAGACAGUAAACCUGCUUGCUAAUUUCAAACUCUUUGUACAGCUAAUUUUUUUUUCUUUUUCUUGAUUCCUUUAUAUUAUUGUUUUGUUUACCAAUGAAUCAUAGACUAGGAUAUGACACUUGUUUUCUACAAGGAAGGGUUCUCACAGCUGUUUCGCUGCUGACAGUAUUUCUUUCUAGCUCUUCCCCUAUCAGGGCCUGUAUUUAUUACAGUGGGGAUAACAAGAGAUACAAAACGAUGCAUCUUUUGAUAGGUUUAUAUGUAAAACUUUUUCCCUGCUAGUUAAUCCUUCAUAAUAUUACUCUUUGCUAAUGACAAAUCAGAAGUGUUUGAGUUAAACUAAGUUCAUAAUUGUAUAUAAUGUGGUAAUAUAGAUAAAGUCCCAAAAUAUAACCUGACAAAGGCCUUUAAUGCCAUGGUGCCUUCUUAAAUAUUUUUGUAGAAAUGAUUGAACCUAUAAAAUCAAUUUUAUGACCUAUUAGAAAUUUCUUACUUAAGGUAUAAAAUGAACAUGUAUCUGUUUAAAUGAAACCUAUUUUAGGUUUAGUAGUCCUAAUGCACUUUUUGUUGUUUUUAGAUUACCAGUGCUAUCCUGAGAGUAUAUAACAGUAGCUUUUGUUAGCUCAGAACUUCCCUGUGCUUUUAUUGAAGUGGGGCUACACUUCAUUGGCCUGUAUGGUCACACCCAUGUCUCAAAAGGGAAUAGAGAUGCAAAGCAUUAUGAGGAAGUAAACUUCACAUGACCUUGCCUUAUUUACAUUGAAUCACACAUGACUAAAUGCACUAAUACUUUGAAUUUUGAAUAUAAUAUGUCAUUUCUAAUAUUGUAAGACUGUUGUGAUCUAGCUGGCCUGUGCUGAUGUAUAAUUGAGAGCAGGUAGAAUUACAGUUGAAUAUGCAAAGUUUAUCAACUUUUCUUAAAUUUGUUUCUCAAUAAGGACUUGUCAUUAACACUUUUUCAGAACUGACUUUGAAAAGGGAAAUUAAAUAAAGUUUGGAUUUAGGGUCUCUAGCUUUUAUAAUCCAUGAGAAAAAUAAAUCUCAAAUAGCAAACAUUAUUAUUUAGAAAUUAGUUUGUAUUGUGAUUUUUCUUUUGAAUAACCACAGAUUUAAGAAAAUACUGUACAGUGUCUGUUUAAUCAUUGACUUUCGGUCCUGUGUAGACAUUAUGGAAAUAAUGUUGAGCUCCAACUGCAUUUGCGCGUCUCCUGAACAUCUCCCGAUCAGCUACCGGCACUUUGUGUGUUUGCUCAGCCGAGGUGGAGGGUCAGCACACACGAAGCAGCAGUGAAGUAAAGUUCUGUGUUGUGACCGAUCUUCACACAAGAGGAGCGGAACAUGCCUUAAAGUUCUUGCACUCGGAUUCUCUAACACCAGUCAAAGUGUGCUGUUGCAUGGACCGCCUGUCUGGCUUUAAACUGACACCAAAACCAGCACAUGUUCAUAAUUAUAUGAGUUGCCCGACUGCGUGUUGUUAAAUUCACUCACCUGAGUAUGAGAUGGUGGAUUCAAAGGUAAAGGGCAAGAAAUUUCAAGAGAAUUUUCAUUAUUUACCUAGUAUUGUUUUUUCUUCCCCCCUUUCCUUUUUCCUUGUUUCCUUCAACCUUUCUGUCUUGUCAUUGAGAACUUUGAAAGGGCUCAAAGUUGAAUGUAAUCCAACAUAUAAUUGUUCAUACUAAUUUUCAGGAACAAAAUAUAUACAUGUAUUACAUUGCUUACAA